AUGGAAUCAGUUGUCACUUUCCGGAUAUCACCUUAUAUUGCAUUAAAUUCACGGAUUAAACCUCGGUUUCGAGUAAGAUUACAAAGUUUAGGUGGUGAUCCUGAUCUGGAAGUGUUGUCAUCUGAUUCAAUUGCUGUGAGUGCAGCUUCUUGUUCUGGUGAUUGGGAGAAGAAUAGGGCUCCUAUCCAUGGAGGCACUGGAGAGAAAGAGAAGGGUGGGGCCGUGAUUGAUGGAGUAAACGUGAGACUAAAGUCUAGAGUUGAGAGAAAGAGGGUGAAAGAUGUAGUUUCAAAAGAUUUGGAAGUAUUAUGGGAUGACGGAUAUGGGAACAAGACUGUGAAGGAUUAUCUUGAUGGAUCCAAUGAGAUGAUUAAACCCGAUGGCGGGCCACCUCGGUGGUUUUGUCCUGUUGAUUGUGGGCAACCUCUGCAAGAUUCUCCAAUUCUUCUGUUUUUGCCUGGGAUGGAUGGUGUUGGCUUGGGCCUUAUUUUGCACCAUAAGGCCCUUGGGAAGGUUUUUGAAGUUCAGUGUCUUCACAUCCCAGUGUACGAUCGAACACCAUUCGAAGGACUGGUGAAAUUUGUUGAAGAAACUGUGAGGCUUGAGCAUGCCUCAUCUCCAAAUAAGCCAAUUUAUAUUGUCGGGGAUUCUUUUGGAGGAUGUCUUGCACUUGCUGUUGCGGCUCGUAAUCCUAAAAUUGACCUCGUAGUAAUAUUAUCCAAUCCAGCUACAUCAUUUGGCAGGUCUCAUCUGCAACCCAUACUUCCUAUUUUGGAGGGUUUGCCCGAUGGAUUGCAUAAUGCACUCCCCUAUCUUCUCAACCUUGUUAUAGGUAAUCCAUUGAAGAUGGCAAUUGUUGAUAUUGAAUACAGGCUUCCUCCUAGAUUACAAAUUGAACAAGUUGCUCGCAAUCUCAUUGCUUUCCUACAUUCUUUUUCUACUGUGGCUAUUAUCGUUCCAAAGGACACCCUUCUUUGGAAGUUGAAACUGCUAAAAUCAGCUGCUGCUUAUGCUAAUUCCCGUCUUCAUGCUGUAAAAGCUGAAGUGCUACUACUUGUUAGUGGCAAGGAUUACGUUCUUCCUAGUAGAGAUGAAGCUCAACGUCUUAAAAGUUCAUUACAGAAUUGUACAGUUCGUUACUUCAAGGACAACGGGCAUAUCAUGUUAAUGGAAGAUGGCAUUAAUUUGCUUACUAUUAUUAAAGGUACUAGCAAAUACCGUCGUUCAAGGAGGGUUGAUUUUGUCUCGCACUUUCUGCCACCUAGCAUGUCGGAAGUCAAACGUGCAUCUGAUGAAGUGGCUGGUUUUGAAGAUUUGGUUCCUGCAAGAAAAUUAGGUGAUUGGAAUCUCAAGUUGGUAUCAGUUAAUGUCUUCUGUAGUAGGAGCAAAUUCUAUUCUAGAAGAAAGAGUUAUUUGAUGGACACAAAGGGAUUGGCUUGGCUGCGAAGGUCAUUACUCCUUACUGCCGGAUCCGCGGUAUUUUCAACAUUGGAUGAUGGAAAGAUAGUCAAAGGUCUUGCUGGGGUUCCAAAUGAAGGUCCUGUAUUAUUAAUUGGUUACCAUAUGUUGAUGGGAAAUGAAAUUUAUUCCCUUGUUGCAGAAUUCUUGACACAGAAAAAAAUUAGGAUUCGUGGUGUAGCACAUCCAGAUGUAUUUUCAGGAAAGUUUGAUGAUCCGUCUAAUGAGUUUUCUUUACAUGAUUGGAUGAAAGUAAUGGGUGCAGUACCUGUCACGGCAAACAAUCUUUUCAAAUUGCUUUCAACAAAAUCGCAUGUGCUUCUUUAUCCUGGAGGGACACGGGAGGCUCUGCAUCUCAAGGGUGAAGAAUACAAGUUAUUUUGGCCUGAUCAGCCAGAAUUUGUGAGAAUGGCAGCAAGAUUUGGGGCAACAAUUGUACCGUUUGGGACUGUAGGAGAAGAUGAUAUACAGGAACAGGUUCUUGAUUACCAUGACUUGAUGAAAAUCCCUAUAGUAAAUGACUAUGUGAGAGACACUAUUAGGAAGGCUACACCGGUAAGGGAUGAAAGUAAAGGGGAGGUUGCAAGCCAAGAAGUAUUUAUGCCAGUGGUUUUGCCGAAGAUACCUGGCCGCUUUUAUUUUCUGUUUGGGAAGCCCAUAGAAACGAAGGGAAUGAAAGAGAUGCUGCAAGAAAAAGGAAAGGCAAAUGAGUUGUAUUUGCAGAUAAAAUCUGAAGUUGAACGUAGUAUUGCCUAUCUAUUGGAGAAGCGAAAAGAGGAUCCGUAUAGGAAUAUCAUUGAUCGAACAAUAUAUCGUGCAUUACAUUCUCCUUCCCGUGAAGGAGCUGAAAUUCAAUCAUAUUUUUUACAAGAGAUGCGUCCGCCACAACAACAACGACCAGAGACUUUACAAAGAAUAAUCGCGCCUUUUCUAAUGUGGGCAAUGGCCGUUGCUAAUCUUGCCACAUCAGGUCACAAUCACAACGCAAGUGUUGCCAGCCAGAGACCAUAA